UCUGCUUCACCGGCGGGCGGCAGCCUCGCCUUGGCCGCCCCCCGGACCUCUACACAUAUCCUGACUCCGCUGUAACUUCAUCUUCCUCUCCUCACUAUUGAAGAACUCUGCUAUUAGCCCUCUUCUUUCUUUCUUCGUCACAGUACCGGAUACGAAGAAACCGACCAAGAACGGCCAGUUCUGACUCCAUUCUCGCCGGAAGAAAACAGGCCACGGAUCGAACUUCCUCAUCUCUCUCUAAAACUCUCUCUCUCUCUCUCUCUAGAUGAGACGCUACAGAUAACAUGUCACUCAGAAGAUCAUUUCUCUCGCGAAGGAUCAACAGUCGCUCCUUUGCGCUAUCCAAAUCGUUCCAAGAAUUCAAAACCCUAGACACUGCACAGGCCGAAGCGAAUUUGAGGAGUAAUGGUAGCGACGACGAUGUUGAGGCCGAAUUGGAGGGCUCUUGGUCGAAUAUGCUGCCGGAGCUACUCGGAGAGAUCAUACGGAGAGUCGAAGCGAGCGAAGAUCGGUGGCCGAUCCGACAAAACGUCGUCGCUUGCGCUUGUGUGUGCAAGAGGUGGAGAGGAGUCACCAGAGAGAUCGUUAGGUCUCCGUUUCGCAGUGGCCAGAUCACCUUCCCUUCUUGCCUCAAACAGCGGGGUCCUCGUGACUCUCCUCUUCAGUGUCUUAUAAAACGGAACAAGAAGAACUCAACA